AUGUCCCAUCGCCCAGAAGUCCCUCAUCCCAACGAUGACGCCGCUCAAGUCGAGGAGUUUCUCAUCAAAAAUUUCCUCGUUCUCAACGCUAGAAAAGAUCGAACCGAAGCCAAGCUAAAGGCUCAGAAAACAAUAGUCGACGGGAGCGGAUUGUAUGAAAUUUCAGAAGAGGAUUGGCGCGCAAAAUAUGGCAUUCAAGGAGUGAUAUAUACGACGAGCUGCAACGUAGCAAAUAUGGCUACGUAG